UCCCCCUGGCCAACAUGCCUCUGGUUCUUCCUAUAUAUCUUCGAAUCCUCUGAAUAUCAAGGGCUCAAGAGGUCUAAGUUAGAUAGUGAUUUGAGAAACUGGGAGAUUCAAUUUAUCUCUCGAGCACUCUUAAUCCUCCAAAAUGCCUUAAAAUCGCUCAAUUCAUCCUUAUUACAUCAAAUGACUUUAUCCUUGAUACACUUAUAUCGCUUAAAUAUUCUUUAAUCAUGAACCUCUAGUCAUCUAACCCCUAGUAAUUACUUCUAACCUGCUACAUACGACCUUUUAUACUAGAUAAGCUGCGUCAAAGUGGGCGUGCGUCAAAGUGGGCUGCGUCAAAGUGGGAGCGCGUCAAAGUGGGCGUGCGUCAAAGUGGGCUGCGUCAAAGUGGGCGCGGCAAAGUGGGCUGCGUCAAAGUGGGCUGCGUCAAAGUGGGGUGUACCCGGUAGACAUUUGUACAUCAACGAAAACCUUCAUUCCCUCCAAAAUGUUAGAAGCUGUUAUCCCACUCAUCAGGAUAAUAUAAAGAUUAAAGAUACUUUAAAUAUAAAGCGCGAUGCUUCUCUCACUCUAAUUAAAAUUAAUUUACUUGAGGGAUCAAAAUAAAUUUUUUUUAAUUUUUUAAGACUCAACUAACAUUUUUCAAUUUAAAUUUACUAUUUUUAGAAUUUUUUAGAAAGAGUGAUUCACAUAAAUAAACAAUUAAAAAACCGCUCGCCUCCCCCCCCCCCACUCAUUAUUUUCUGUUAUCAUUUUAAAUUUUUUUUAAUUUUCCUCUCAUGUCACAUCACUCACCUUAUCUUUUAGAGUCGGGCAGACUUGCUAGACAACCAAAAAUCAAAAAACCUGCCUCUAAUGAGCGAAUAUGAUUGAAAUACACCUCGCGUUUUACGAGGUUAGGGUUAUUCGGGCGUGGGUAACGUUGCGGCGCGAGCGCUUAAAUUUCCAUGUUUUUGAGAAGAUAGAGCCGUGAAAUUUUGUAUACUCCUCCCUAAUAUGGUUAUCUUUAUUCUCUAGAAAUUUCAGAAUUUUUGGUUUACUAUUUCAGAACUUCUGGUGAUAAAUAUCAGAAUUUUAGGGGAAAAUGUCUAUUUUUGUAGUUUUUUGGCCAUAACUUUUGUAAUACUAAACCGAAAAUUCUGAAAUUUUUUGGAGGGGUAGCUAACACUAUUAGAGACCUAUAUACAAAAUUUCACAUUUUUAGGAUUUCUUUGGAAAGACUUAUAACCUCCCAUGCCUAGACAUCUCAUCAUUUCUGCGCCCAAACACCCCCCUUCCCUCACUCAAUUCUCUCUUCCUUCCCUCUCAUUCAUUCCCUCAAACAACUCCAUUCAUUUUUUCAUGUUCGCGAAUUUCUCAUGUAUACUACAAUUUUUAUUUUACGUAUCCGAUCGAUGCGUUUUGGCUGUAAAGUGUCUUUUUCUCUUUUUAAAACAUUUAAAAUAUUGCUUCUUUUGUUCACGUCACACUGAUUGA